AUGAAUCUUUCUCGACCGCAGUCAAAUAAGGUCGAACAUGAUACACUGUCGAUUAUAUCCCAACAUAUGUAUGCCAAGCAUCGAAAUAUUUUCAUUGGCAUCGGUACAGUUGUUGUCACUGGUAUAACGACAUUUAUUAUACUUCGUAAUUACACGUAUAACACUCGCGAUCGUCUGGCUAAAAUUCGUCGUGACAUUCAAGAUGUUAAACCUGGUACUGAAUCGGUUUUCGAAGCUUAUCAUGAGAAAUUAAAAAAACGCCAAGCGGAAAAAGAACUUCGACAGAAAGAAGAAUCAGAAAAACAUUGA